AGUAUCAUCAUCAUAGAAAAAUAAGCAUCCAUCUCCUCCCUUCAGCCCACAGGCAACGAACACACACGAGCGCGCACGAGCGAGCGAGAGGGAGAAAGAUGGCGAACCUGUUCCUGAAGCAGGCGAAGCACUACGCGGCGGCGCGGCCUGACUACCCGGCGGAGCUCUUCCAGUUCAUCGCGUCCAAGACGGCGCGCCACGACCUCGCGUGGGACGUCGGCACCGGCAGCGGCCAGGCCGCGGUCUCGCUGGCGAAGCUGUACAAGAAGGUGGUGGGCACGGACACGAGCGCGCAGCAGCUGGCCUACGCGCCGGCGCUCCCCAACGUGCGCUACACCCACACCCCGGCGGACCUGCCGCUCGAGGGCAUCCACGCGGCCGUCGCGCCGCCGGGCACCGUCGACGUGGUCACCGUGGCGCAGGCCUUCCACUGGCUCGACCUGCCGCGCUUCUACGCGCAGACCCGCUCCCUCCUGCGCGCGCACGGCGUCCUCGCCGCAUGGUGCUACACGGAGCCCCGCGUGGGCGCCGCCGUCGACGCCGUCUUCUGGCGCCUCUACGACGGCUCCCAGCCCCACUGGGCUCCCAACCGGAAGAUGGUCGACGACGAGUACCGCAGCGCCUACUUCCCCUUCGACCCCGUCGACGGCGAGACCCACACUGGCCCCUUCGAGUUCUCCACCGAGCGCCGCAUGGACCUCGACGACUACUUCACCUACAUCAAGUCCUGGUCCGCGUACCAGACCGCCAAGGACAAUGGCGUCGAGCUGCUCGACGACGAGACUGUGCGGGAGUUCGCCGACGCGUGGGGCGGCGACCGCCAGGAGGUCAAGACGGUGACGUACCCCAUCUUCCUCAGGAUCGGCAAGGUGAGGCCUUGAGAAUCACCUACAGAUGCGGCAUGAUGAUGCAAGUGGCCUUGAGAAAGCCACGCUUUCAAGUCUUCACGUGACGAAGUGAAGAUGGUGCAAAAUGCCGACCAGCGUACGUGUGCCGCCGCUGGACCAUUUUAUUUGCAUUCCACGCUCUUUUUUACAGGACGAAGUGAUUUUUGGCAUCCUGCUACUACCAUCCCCUCCUAUUCAUAUUCCAAAUUCAGCGUGUAACAAAUGGUAUUCCUAGUAUCCAUCCCAUUUUCAAGACAAAUAAUUGUAAGCUGUGGAUGUUACCUUGGUCUAUCGUAUAUGAAUGUUAUUUUUGCCAGUUUAGCUA